UUCAAAAAAUUUUUUCAAAAAACUCCAAACAAAACUACCAACUCAAAAAAAUGUCAAAAUUCUUUAUUGCUUUAGUUAUAUUCACAAUUGUUUUAAUUCAAGUUUGUGAAAGUAAGAAAGAAAAGGCGAGCCCUAAUAAAGCUCCUAGGGGUGAUCAUACAGAUAAUUAUACGGGCAAUACUGGCAAUGAAGAUCCUUCUACAAGUGGAACUCAAAAGAAGAAGGGAGGAAGACCAAAGGGUAGUAGGAAUCAUAAAGUAGAGGAUGGAGAUGAUCAACGUGAUGACCCCAAUUACUACCCAAGUACCUAA